AUGCCCAAAAAGAAGAAAUCCACUUUCAAGAACUCUGUCAAUCGCGGUUUCGCUGUAAUUGGAGCUGCACCAGCGAAAAAGGCUACCUCUGACGAAAAUACCUCUGCCGAGACAACAGCGACAACAACGACAGCAGCAGCAACUCCAGAACAAGCACCCGUUGACGACGGCAAGAUCAUCGGUGAUUUCGGAGCAACAUUAGCACAGCAGCAGAAAAAUGUUCUACCAGCGUCUCAGCCAACAAAGUCUCUACCCAAAAAAUCAAAAACGACAACUUCACCUCCACUGGAACAGCCCGAGUCUGAAUCGGACAUGGUGCUACGUCUGGCGAAACGUUUUGGAUCGGUCAACGAUCGCAAAUCGGUCACCAUGGUUAAUGAGUUGUCACAGCCCGACAAAGAGGACGGCAAAGUGCGACCGUUUGCACUGACUGCAAACAUAGAAUAUGAUCUUUUGCAGGUGCUGAAGCACCAGGGCCGAUUGGAUACUUUUGCCGCAGCAAAACGUUUGGGCCGGAGAAAACCUCAUCCACUGGACCGGGACCGCUUCAUCGGUCAAAUGGAUGUUACUCACCGUACGCUUGUCAAAUUGGGUUUCGAAAACGAUGAUGUUGAUCAGGCGUUCAGGGCCACAGUAUCCUCGAACAUUGACGACCUAUUGGAUUGGCUCUGCGUUCAUUUGCCAUAUGAGAAAAUGCCUGUUGGAUUUUUCGAUAAAUAUUUCACAGAAGAAGGCUUGUCAAUUCGAGCUGACGUUGCCGCCGAUGAUAAGAAAGAAGGCGGGAAAACACGAGUGACGGAAGCACAGGCGCCUCAGAGCGACGUCAAGUUUAAAAGAGAAGAGAUCAAGGAAAAUACGGCAGAUGAUGAUUUCAAAUCUAGGAUAUUGCGGGCCGCUCAGGAGUAUUACGACGAUGAAGAGGAAGAAGAAGAUGUGAAUGAAAGAUAUGCAAAACAUAAAGUCGAACUAUCACAACUAGAAGACAAGAUAUCAUCGUCCUCCGGCAAAUCGAAAAAGAAAAAGAAAACCAAUCUCUCAGGAGAUAUCAGCAAUGUCAAAGAAACAGAAGCGAAGAUUGAUCAGCUGCGCAAACUUAUACGCGAUCUCGAAGCAAAUUAUGAAUUUGACAAGCGAAGAGCACAGGCUCUUUACUCAGAAGAGCAGAAAAAGGCCACAGAAGCACGUCGCGUAGAAAGUGAAAAGUUACGUCAGCAGCAACGAGAAGAAGAAGCUGCUAGAAUAGCCAAUGAAGAGGCGACACAGGAAGCUGCGGAUAUUGAUCCCUUGGACUUUGGUCCAGGAUUUGGAGGUGAUGAAGAUGGUGACGAUGAGGAAGGCGGUCUUUUUGGUGCAUUGAUGGGAGACGACGACAACAAUGUAGAACCAGUGACGACUGCAAAUACUGUCGUAUCAUACAACAUCAUUGAUACGGCAACUCCAAACUGGAAAGGUCGCUAUCCCAAAGAUAUGUUGGCAGAGUACUGCAGGCGCAAUGGUGAUCUGAAGCCAUCCUACACCAAAACUGAGAUUAAUCGGACCUGCUGGAGAGCCGCAGUCAAGCUCACACCUCCACAGAAACAAGACAAACCGACAAUUUUUGAACUGUCACCGGAUCUUGCGGCUGUUACAAAGGAAGGAGCAGAACAACUUGUUUCGACGACUUGCCUCUUUGAGCUGGAUGCCGACUCAGCUGUAUAUAAGAUUAUGCCGGUGGUAUUCAAGGACCUUUGGCUGGAAUGGCUUGAUGCAAAGAACAAACUGGAAGAAGAGCAACGCAUCGAAGCAGAUCGCAAGCGUAUGGAAUUAUUUGUUGAUUUGAUCAACGAAUCAUACGGUCGCGCAAAGACGCCAGGCAGUUUUGAUACCCAUGAAAAAGAAGAUCUGCCAAAUGAAGAUGAGGCUGGUGCUGCUGGUGGCUCGAAGAACAUGGUUACAAAACGGAAACAAACUUUUGCGCGAACCAAAAACAAUUUCCAAAAACGGUUGAAAACGGAGGAGUAUGUGAAAAUGAAGAAAAAACGCGAGGAACUGCCAAUGGCUAGCUACCGAGACAAAGUCUUGGAACUUGUAAACGGUCACCAAGUACUCAUAGUAUCUGGCGAAACUGGAUGUGGUAAGAGUACUCAGGUGCCCCAGUUUAUCGCCGAAUACCUGCUACAAGGCUCGAGUACUGCUGGAUCUGUCAUUUGUACCCAGCCACGAAGAAUUUCUGCUGUUUCUAUUGCCAAGAGAGUAUCCGUUGAAAUGGGCGACUGGCCCCGUUCUCUUGGAACAAAAAACGGCAUGGUUGGCUACCAGAUUCGAUUGGAGAGUAGGGUAGCAGACGAAAACGUUUUGGUCUUUUGUACAACGGGUAUUCUGUUGCGUCGACUCGAAAGUGACCGAACUUUGGAUGGUGUUACUCACGUCAUCGUCGACGAAGUUCAUGAACGCACACUUGAAAGCGAUUUCCUUCUCGUAAUAUUGAGGCGACUGUGCAGCAUCCGGCCGGAUUUGCGUAUUAUAUUGAUGAGUGCGACUGUAGAAGCACACAAGUUCUCAGAGUAUUUUGGCUACUGCCCUGUAAUUUCUGUUCCCGGUCGGACCUACCCUGUUCAGGUCCAAUACCUAGAAGAUGUAAUCGAAGCCACAGGAUAUACUUUGGAAGAAGACUCGCCAUUUGCCCUGAAACGACAACGUAUCAAACGAGAUCAAGGCAAUAUCGAUGUUACUGGCAAACAUGGCACAUCCCGUCGCGUACGAUUGGACUGGUUCGAAGAGGAUACGGACGAUGAGGAUCCAUACGAUCCAACAACCGUAGAGUCUAAACUGACAACUGUGAGUCGGUCCGACUCAUCGACAACGGCAACAGAAGAAAAGAAAAACGACGGAGAUGGAGAGAACGAAGAAGGAGAAGGCUGUGGCAGCGAACAAACGGUCAAGUACAGCAAACAAACACGAAAAAUGAUUCGACGUAUCGACGAAAAUCGUAUCAAUUAUGAUCUUAUCUUGGACCUACUGGAUUACAUUUGUAUUCGAAGUCGCGAACAAAAAACUGCAAUGAGCAAACAAGUGCCAGAGACCGGCGCUAUCCUGGUGUUUUUACCUGGUAUGCCUGAAAUCCGACGACUUUAUGAUCUCAUAUCUGCCCACCACGUACUCGGCGAUGCGAAGAAAUUUGUGUUGAUCGCUUUACACUCCACACUUUCUUCUGAGCACCAAGAAAAAGCGUUCGACGUUCCUCCAAAUGGUAUGCGCAAGAUUGUUUUGUCCACCAACAUUGCUGAAACCGGUGUAACAAUCAGUGAUGUCACGGUUGUCAUCGAUACGGGCAUGGCGAAAAUUGUUAGCUAUGAUAAGAAGAAGCGUAUCACUCGCCUGCGACAAAUGUUUGUUGCUAAAGCAAAUGCUCGACAAAGACGUGGUCGCGCUGGCCGUGUUCAGGAAGGUCUUUGUUUCCAUUUGUUCACGCAAAACAAGUUCUCAGAGAUGGCUGAUUACGAAACACCCGAGAUUAUGCGCUUGCCUCUUGAGGAGCUUUGUCUCCGUAUCAAAGUGUGUGAUUUGGGAUCCAUCAAAGACGUGCUCGAUAGCGCCCUUGAUGCACCCUCCAGAGAUUUGGUGGAUAACGCCAUCCAAACCUUACAAGAAGUGCAAGCAUUAUCCUUGGAUGAUACACAGACCUUGACAUCGCUCGGUGCUCAUUUAGCAAAUCUGCCUGUAGAUGUACAUAUCGGUAAAAUGAUCUUGUUUGGUGCUCUGUUCCGGUGCCUUGAUCCUGUCCUUACCAUUGCCGCUGCACUUAGUUUCAAGAGCCCGUUUGUCCGACCUUUUGGAAAAGAGACUGAAGCGGAUAUCGCUCGUGCAAAAUUCCGUUAUGCUGAUUCCGAUUUCUGGACGAUCUACAGAGCGUACGAUACCUGGCGUGGUCACCUUCAAAAGCUAUUGCAACAAAAAGCCGGCUGGCGCCGCAAGAUCCGUGAGUUUUGCGACAAGAAUUUCCUGAGCCAUGACAAUCUGGAGAUGAUUGAGGACAUGAAGCGCCAAUACCUUGGUUUGCUUAUCAGUAUUGGAUUUGUCAAGGCGGAUGACACGAGUGAUCUUAUCGACCAAUACGAAAUCAAACGACAGACCAAAUGGUGCAAGGUACCCUCGGCGUACAACGUUUAUGCAAGAUCAGUGCCUGUUGUCAAUGCAUCCAUCAUGUCCGGACUUUAUCCAAAAUUGGCAGAACGUGACAAUGAGGUGUUUUACAACAACAAAUUGAGCGGUAUGAAGAUUCAUCCAUCGUCGAUGCUUUUUGGACGACAGCGGAUGCUUUCAAGCGACUUUUUGGUGUACAACACCAUAGUCAUGAACGGCGAGCAAAUUUAUCUCUGGGAAGCCACCACAGUCGAUCCAGUGGCUGUCAUGCUGUUGGCAGCGGAUAUGGAAAUCAAGCACAAACAACGACGUGUAAUAUUGGACGGAUGGAUGAGAUUCGAGUGCUUUGCUCGUUCUGCUGCUCUGUUGAAGUUUUUACGUACAGAAUUGAACAACUGGCUAACUGCCAAGAUGCAUCGACCUGAACUCGAUUUGACCAGCUACUCUGAAGAAAUCAUGGAUGUUAUGGUGAAAACGCUCGAAAGCCAAGUGGAUUAA